GAAAAAAAUCCAGGUCUGGAACUGGAACGACGCGCAACCAACAUCUCCGUCACACCAAACAAGACAACUCUUUACCCUCCAUUUCCUUCAUUCCCUUUAUUCCCCUCCUCUAGCCUCAAAGUACCAGAUAACUCGAUCAAAAUGGCCGACGACGGCCUCCUCCUAAACUUCAGCCUAGGAGGCGACACGGUCCUGAAGCCGACGACGACAAAAGUAAAAGGCGGGACAUGGCGGGACCGACUCAGCGCCCGGAAGAUCGCAGCCUCGCGCAAGACACCCCGCGACCCGAACGCACCUAGGGAAGAGAACGAGAACGCGACGCGGAAUCCGAACCGGAUAGCGGUAUCGUCCAGCCGGCCGGUCAAGCGCCAACGGACGGACGACCACUCCACCCCUUCAUCUUCCUCGCACAAUCACUCCCAGAACCAACAGAACCAGUCGGCGCGGCCGUUUGUAUCGUCGCUUUUCUCAAAGAACCCGCUGCCGCAGACGGCGGAGGAGCCCGCUACAAAAGAUGGAGAGGGCGAGGAUGUGGAUGCUAAGCCGACGAAUGCGCCGCUGAUUGAUGGGUUGGAUACGUUCACGAACUUGGGGUUGUCGGAGAGUUUGGCGGCGCAUCUGUUGACGAAGCUGGGGGUCAAGGCGCCGACGGCGAUUCAGAAGGCGUCGAUCUCGCAGCUGCUGAAGGAGGAGAGCGAUGCGUUCAUCCAGGCGGAGACGGGGUCCGGUAAGACGAUGGCAUACCUGCUGCCGCUGGUGCAGCGGUUGAUGACGCUGUCGCGGGCGUCGGCGCAGCAGGAUGGGACGGUGGUGGGGAAGAGCGCGUCCGGGGAGCCGAUCGUGCACCGCGACAGCGGACUGUUUGCCAUUGUUCUGGCGCCAACUCGCGAGCUGUGCAAGCAGAUUGCGGUCGUGCUGGAGGGGUUGCUGCGGUGUGCGCACUGGAUCGUGGCGGGCACGGUGAUUGGUGGAGAGAAGAAGAAGUCCGAGAAGGCGCGGCUGCGGAAGGGGCUGAAUAUCCUGGUGGCGACGCCUGGUCGGUUGGCGGAUCAUCUGGAGAACACGCAGGCGCUGGACGUGAGUAAUGUGCGGUGGUUGGUUCUGGACGAGGGCGAUCGCUUGAUGGAGCUGGGGUUCGAGAAGGAAUUGCAGGGCAUCAUUCAGAAGCUGGAUGCGCGGCAGCGCCCCAGUCGCAUCCCGGGCGUGCCGGCCAAGCGCACGACAAUCCUGUGUUCGGCGACAUUGAAGAUGAACGUCCAGAAGCUGGGCGAGAUCAGUCUGAAGGAUGCGAUCCAUGUCCAGGCGGACCCUGCCGACGAGGACCCCGAGGCCAAGAAGAACAAGGACGAGGACGACGCAUUCCGGGUCCCGGCGCAGCUCAAGCAAUCCUAUGCGAUUGUCGCCGCCAAGCUGCGUCUGGUCUCGCUGACGGCGCUCAUGAGGCGGACCUUUAUGCGGAAGGGCUCAGUGAUGAAGGCGAUCGUGUUCGUCUCGUGCGCCGACUCGGUGGACUUCCACUUCGAGCUCUUCACGCGGAAGCUCAAGGCGGAGGAAGAAGCCGACAAAAAGAAGGAAACGGACUCGGACGACUCCGGCUCCGACUCGAGCGAUGAAGACGGCGAAGACGAGCCCAAGGAGAAGAAGAAUAGUAAGGCGGCCAACGAGCACGGCACCGUGGCGCUGGCCACCGCGUUCUCGAACCCGACCAACCCAGUGAUGCUGCACCGACUGCACGGCUCGCUGCCGCAGCACGUGCGCACAGCGACACUGGGGGCGUUCGCGCGCAACCGGGAGGCGUCAGUGCUGAUCUGUACGGACGUGGCGUCGCGUGGUCUCGACCUGCCGAACGUGGACCUAGUGGUGGAAUACGACCCCGCGUUCAGCGCAGAGGACCACCUGCACAGAAUCGGGCGAACGGCGCGUCUAGGCCGCGACGGGCGCGCGCUGCUGUUCCUGAUGCCCGGGUGCGAGGAGCAGUACGUCGACAUCCUCAAGCGCGGGUACCGCGACGGCGGCAAGGCGCUGACGCGGCUGAACGCGGACGACAUCCUGAAGCGCGGGUUCGGGGGAAAUGUGCAGUCGCAGAGCAAGGAUUGGGAGGUGAAGACGACGGACUGGCAGAUGGACGUCGAGCGAUGGGCGGUCGACAACCCGCAGUACCUGGAGAUGGCGCGGCGGGCGUACCAGUCGCACAUCCGCGCGUACGCGACGCACAUCGCCAGCGAGCGCCACAUGUUCAACAUCAAGGAGCUGCACCUGGGCCAUCUGGCUAAGAGCUUCGCGCUGCGCGAUCGGCCCAGCAAGAUCAAUGUGCCGGGGCUGCGGCAGAGCAGCAGCGACGCCAAGAAGGACUUCAAGGCCGCGCGCACCAACGCAGCAGGCGGGCAGAAGCGCAAGGCGGGCGAUGACGAUGGCGAUCGUCCUGCCACGGCUGUAUCGUUGGCGGCGCAGAAGAUGCGGGCCAAGAUGAAGGAGCAUAUGGCCGGGGCGAACGAGUUCAACAUCGCGUAGUGUCGUCGAGAGAGAUAGAGCAGAAAAGCAUGUACAUAAUCCGUGAUUUGUCGAAGCUCACCCACACAGCCUUGAGCUGGACCGACCCUCAAUAGAUAUCCCAC